AUGAAUCGUGCGAAGGACGUACUAACUAAGUCUAGAUUUAAGGGCCAAGAUGUCUUUGGCUUUAAAGGACAAAGUGAACUCUAUGCCUGUUACAGACCAAGAUAUCCACAAAGUCUGAUAGACCUAGCAGUUGAGAAAGCUCCAGAGAAGGGAACUGUCUUGGACGUUGGAUGAGGUACAGGUAUCUUGUCCAUACCUCUUUCUAAAAAGUUUGAAAGAGUCUAUGGAAUUGACAUCAGCCAAUCUCAGAUUGAUAAGGCAAUUGAGAAGUCAGAAGAAUUUAAGAAUAUAAGCUACCACUACCAGAACUCACACGACAUUGGAAGCUUUGUUGAGGAAACUAUGGAAGGGAAGAGUAUCGAUAUGGUCACAAUUGCUCAGACUCUUCAUUGGCUAGAUCAUGACUUAAUUUUUAAAUUAUAUAAGAAAUAUCUUUCAGAAGGAGGCGCCUUUGCUAUUUUCUCAUAUGCGAUGUGCUCUGUCAUGAAUCAAAAAUUAGCCGAAACUAUCUCUGAAGAGGCUUCUGGCACUGAGAGUAGGUUUACAGCAGUAGAGAUACUUAACUUUGACGAAGAAAAGAAGUAUUCUGAAGUAGAAGAAAAAGCUAAUGACGCUUAUAGGGCGUUCUAUUCCAAAAUAAAGCCUCAUUUUGAGUGUCAGAGAGACGAUAUUGACAAGCAUUUUGAACAUAUAGCAUUCUCUGAUUAUUUUACCACUGUGGAGCAAUACUUAAAGUACGAAGUGAAGACGCUUGACAUCAAUAGUCUUUUCCAAUACCUCAAGUCUGUGAGUGGAUACAGAUGUUUUCUUGAAAAGUUCCCAGAAGAGACAGACCCUUUGGAAGACCUCCAGGAAGAGCUAAUGUCUCUGUAUACUUGCGAAACAAAGGAGGAAUUGAGUACUAAGGAGCUUGAUAUAGUUUACCCUUACCAUUUGGCAAUCUUAAAAUACUAAGAUUCAUUGAUUUGCAUGGGUAACAAUUAAUUUUGGCUAAUUCUGAACACCCCUUUGGAAACACAAGUUCUCAAUUCAAUAAAAAUGAUUG